AUGGGUAGUCCACAGAGAACAUGGGAACAUAGUGAAGACAUUAUGGAAGUAGAUAAUUUAUUUAGAGCUUUUUUAGGAAGAGAUGAUAUAGAUAUUUUAAAUGAUGUGCCAGAUAUAAUGGCUGCAGGUCUAAGAAUUACUUCACGAAUGUUUCCUCUACAACAACCGUUAGAAUCAGUACCACCAGCGAAUCCAAUUAUUCCAAAUCCAUAUAUGCACCAUAUUCCAAUGGAAGAAAUAGAUGCAGAAGAACCUAUUGGUGAUAUUAAUGAUGCAGUUGAAGAAUAUGAAGUUGAUGAUGAUGAACAUUAUGCAGAUGAAGUAGGUGAUGCAGGUGAAGUAGGUGAUGCAGAUGAAGUAGGUGAUGCAGAUGAAGUAGAUGAUGCAGAUGAUGCAGAUGAAGUAGAUGAUGCAGAUGAAGUAGAUGAUGAAGCAAGUGACCAAGAUUCAAUCGGUAUUGAAUAUCGAUCAUCUGUUCCACGAAGAAUGUCAGAGUCUUCAAAUGAUUAUUAUGACGAAAAUACAGGUUAUCCUAUAAACCUUCCAGUAGGAUCUCCAGUAGGAUUUCCUAUAGAAUCUCCAAUGGAUUCUCUAGCAACAUCUCCAGAAUCAUCUCUUGAAUCUUCUCCGGUGGGAUCUCGUGCUACAUCUCCAGUAAGAUGUCCACCAACAACUUCAGCUUCACAUUUAAAACGAAAUUUUGAAAAUCUUGAAAACGACAAUUCGAAGACAGAAGAUGAAGCUUUUUCCUGUUCAAUAUGUUUAGAUACUUUGACUAAUACUGGUAUGCAUAAACCGGCUUGUUUGAAAUGUGGUCAUAUUUUCGGAGAGAGUUGCUUACAGAGAUGGAUUAAGACUGGAUGUAAUAGGGAUGCAAAAAGAUGUCCAACAUGUAACAGAAGAGCAAAUAUAAAAGAUAUUAGAGUUUUAUAUGCAAAAAAUCUAGUAGCUGUGGAUACAGCUGAAGUAACUGCACUUGAGCUUAAAGUGGAAAAAGAAAAUCGAGAGAAAAAUUUAAUGCAUUUGGAAGCAGAAAAGUGGAAAGUCAAAGCUACAUAUUUAGAUAACGAAGUGAAAAGAUUAAAAACUAUGGUGGAUAUAGAUCUAUUAAAUAAACAGGCAGCUGGUCCUACUUCAUUACGGCAAUGUAUAAAAAAAAUUAGUAUGGGCAAGAACGUGGGCUGUAGGGUUAUGGCAUACAAUAAACAUACUAUGAUGUUGGUGGUGUCACAGCAUUCUGAAUCGCAAUUAUUCAGUAAUUCGCAUGUGAUCAGAAAAUUGAACGGAUCAAUACUGGAAGCUUCUAAAGAAUGUAUUUUUGCACACAAAAAGCAAAUUCGUGAUAUGGCGUUCCAUCCUCUUGAACAUAAUAUUUUGGCUUCUGUCAGUUUGGAUAAAUGCAUCAAUCUAACGGAUGUAAAUUGCAACCAGGUUGUUUCUACUAUAAAUGUUAAUGAACCGUUGUGGUCAUGUUGUUGGGUUGGUGACAACACCAACGUGUUGGUUGCUGGUGGCCAAAUGGGAUCCUUAUACUAUAUCGACCGCAGAUAUAUGAAAUUGUUCAAUGCUGAUCAGUCUCGAAAACUUGGUUGUGUUUCUCUCAUCCCUAUCUCACCAUCAAAAUCUCGGGCGUUCAUUCAUGGUGGGUUCAUGAAGACCAGAAUGGACAUUUUGUCUAUGUUUGAGCUAGUACCGGGAAAAGAAAUGCAUUGCUACAAAGAGACUGAAUUGCCAUUGAGAGGGCUCUGGACUAAUACUUCUUAUGACUACAAUUCUAAUCUCAUUCUGUCAUCUGCCAAACCUGCUGGUCUCAACAAAUCUAUCAGACAUAUUGUGUCUAAAAUAGCAGAUUACGAUGCAGAAGGACCUGUGAUAACUCCAGUUGUCACUUUUUAUGGUGGAGAUAAGGCUACACAUUUGUCCCGCUCAUGUUUGGUGCCAACCACCGGUGCAUCAUACGAAGACACACUAGCGUGUAGUUAUGAUGAAAAGUCAAAAUCCGUUAAAAUAUUCAAUGUCAACCAGAACACCAAUAUUCACAAUUUCCAUGUUCAAGAUGACGUAUUUUUGGAUUUAUGUCCAUUAACCGGUAUGAUGAAUAGCGGUAGACGAAUAUUGGCUGGUUUGUCAGAAAAUGCUGUUAGUUUGUUCACUGUUUAG